UUUUUAUAGUCGUAGACUUACAGAAGAUAAACUUGCAUUGAAGACUAGACAGUGGUUGAUGGAGUUAAGAAAGCUAUAAAGGCGGUGAAUCUAUAUCUCGAAACAUUUCUAUUGAUAUGUAAAGAAGAUCAAACAAUGCGAUUGAGACACUACAUAGAGAUUUUUCACGUUGAUUUGAGCAUAUCAAUCUUUCAAAACUCUAUUGCUGAAGUCAGAGAUCGAAGAUUACGAAGAACCUAAAUUUCGAGAGGACAUGGACAAAAAAGAUAAAGGUUCUUCAGGCAUGUAGUGCUUGACUUAUAUCUAAAGUCCACACACAAAAACCCAUACCAAACGUUAAUAAAACGCAGUGUUUUAAAAUUAAGGACAUGUGUCGAUACCACAUGACUCGACUUUAUGACCUGGCGUUGACGUGUCACGUCCAAAAAAAAGUAAACACUCUUUUAUAUAUAUAUAGAUAGAUAGAUUUUUACAUGCAUGUAUAUACUUUAAACUGCAAAAAUUCAGAUUUUUUCUUUAAUCCUAUAGUAUUAGAAUUUAGAAUAAAUCAAUUAAACUAGGUAACAAAAUCCAUGAUAUUUAGUAACAAAAUCCAUGAUAUUUAGAAACAAAUAAUACAAUUCUGACUUUCCUCUAUUUAUAAGACGCAUGACCAAGAAACAACAAGACACGAUACACAAAAAUUAUGGAGAUUUGCAAAUUUCUUACCUUGAUAUUCUUGGCCAUUGUCGUUCUCUACCCCGUCCAGGCGACAGCACAAGGAGGCGAUCCUCAUUUGAUGUCUUGCAUGCAGAAACUUAUGUCGUGUCAGCCGUACAUACACGCGGUAAACCCGCCGCCUCCACCGUCGUGUUGCGGGCCAAUGAAAGAGAUCGUGGUGAAAGACGCGCCGUGUCUAUGCGCCGUUUUCAACGACCCGGCGAUACUCAAAACACUAAACCUCACCAAAGAAAACGCUCUUGAUCUUCCUAAAGCAUGUGGAGCUAAUCCUGACAUCUCACUCUGCUCCAAAACCGCUUCUUUGCCGCCUACUGCGCCGCCAGGACCAACCAGCGGAUGCUCUUCCGUUCAAGCUGUCAGCUACAUUGGACUUAGCUUUCUGCUUGCUUUUGUGGCAAGAAUCUUAUAUUGAUUAUUCCAUAUGUCAGUUUUUUGUCAUCAUUUUAUAUAUUUGGCUCUAUGUAUUGUUAAUGUUUCAUCUUUAUACAUUUUUACGUUGUUGAAUUCUCAAUUUCGGUUCUAUUUUGGAUUCUAUAAAUAUGUUGGGUAAUG